CAUGCUUUGCCCCCCAGUGUCCGGCAAAUGCACCCUUUCUCGACAUUCAGGUCGAUAUGGGAAAGGAUGGCACCGGAGACGCGCCGUGUCCGCCAUUCUCGCAAGGUCCGGGGGCUUAUCGUUCCCUGACCUCAUCCAGCAAGCCUUGCUUUGAUGGUCAAUCCGUCCAGGACGCUCCGAAACUGUUCCAGUCUGUCGGGCAACAGCUGCCGUGCUUGACAGAAGCAAGAAGUCUCCGAACACACCCCACAAUACAUCCCCAGAUAGAGUCCCGAUCUGUCACUGACGCCUCGUGCACCACCGGGCGACAUUACUGCAGCAUGCCCUUCGGCUCUAUUGCUACAGGCCUGGCCGGCACGCGAAUUGUGCUAGGCGAUCAGAGCUAGCUUAAAUCUCAUGGGACCUCUCCCCGCCCGCUGCAGACCCCCGUCGUCGACCAUGAUCGUCCUCCAUCCCAACUCAGUGUGCGAUGUCUGUCUGGAAGGCUAUGGCGGCCCCAACGUUCCUCAUGCCAUAGCCUGCGGACACAUUUUCUGUCUCAGGUGUCUGCGGUCGUUGACAAGGCAGAGCUGUCCCCUCUGCCGGACGGCCUUCCAGUACGACGACGUCCGGAAGCUGCACAUCGACAAGUGCAGCCGUCCGAGUACGCCCCUUCACCAUUCCUCGGCGCCGGGGUCGCCGGACUCUGGUUACAACGAGUUCCCCACUCCCGCCCGCGACUUCCAGACGCAGAUAACCCACAUUGUGUUUGACGGUGCCAAGGCGACCGAGGUCCGGGACUUCCUGGAUGAGGUCCGGAGAUGGCUGUCAAGACAGCCUUCCGACGAGCACGCUGACCUGCGUGCAGCUUACCUUCUCCUGUUCAAAUAUACCGACCUGCAGUACAAGGUCAAAGAGGAGAAGGCAACCAUCAUCGAUCUCCGCGCCGAGUCUGAGGAGCUGAAGGAGAAGAUCCGCUCCGGCGAAGAAAAGUACCAGGAUCUUGCACAGAAGCGGGUAAGCGAGAUGGAGAAAGCGAUGAGCGUUGAACGUAAUCUGCGCGACUCCUAUGAUCGCAUGGACAAGGAGUGGAGAGAGUAAGU